CAGUUAAGGGAACAAACAACAACACGAAUUCCCAGAAACAAAAAGAUAAAGGAGAAAGGAAAAAAAAUGAAGAAUGUGAAUCGAGUCUUCUUCUGCAAAUCACUCUCUCUCGUCAUCCUCGUUCCUUCUUUCACUCGUUCCACUCUCCGAUUCACUUACUCCUCCGCCUCCGCCUCCGCAGCUUCUUCUUCUUUGUCUUCUCCUAACCGUGCGAUUCACUGCAUGGCUUCCGAUUCCCCUCAACCCGGAGAUGGUUCCGUCUCUCUUUCUUCUCCUAAUUCCGCGGCGGUUCCCACUUCUUCCGCUUCUUCCGCCAUCGAUUUCCUCUCUCUCUGUACUCGCCUCAAGACAACUCCAAGAGCUGGAUGGAUCAAAAGAGACGUAAAAGAUCCAGAAUCAAUAGCGGAUCACAUGUAUCGGAUGGGUCUUAUGGCUCUAAUUUCUUCAGAUAUCCCUGGUGUUAACAGAGACAAAUGCAUGAAAAUGGCAAUUGUUCAUGACAUUGCAGAAGCCAUUGUAGGAGACAUUACACCUUCUUGUGGGAUCUCUAAAGAAGAGAAAAACCGAAGAGAAAGUGAAGCACUUGAACACAUGUGCAAACUCUUGGGUGGAGGAGAAAGAGCCAAUGAAAUCGCUGAGCUUUGGAGAGAAUAUGAAGAGAACUCUUCACCUGAAGCUAAAGUUGUUAAAGAUUUCGACAAGGUUGAGAUGAUACUACAAGCUUUGGAAUACGAACAAGCGCAAGGGAAAGAUCUAGAAGAGUUUUUCCAAUCGACCGCAGGUAAGUUCCAGACUGAUAUAGGCAAGGCUUGGGCGUCGGAGAUUGUUUCAAGAAGACGAAAGCAACAUUAGUUCUCACAUGAUACUUUUUUUUUUUAAAUUGGUUUCUUAACGUCUAGUUCUCAUCGGAGUUAAAUAUACUCGGACGUUUCAAAAUUUAAUCUUCGUUGCUGUCUUUUACGUUUCAAUAGCUAGCUAAUGAAGAUCAAAAUAAUUAAUCAAGCUCGCAAUUUUUUUAAAUA